AUGACAGGAGGAGCUCCAAAUGUUUCUGAUGCAUACACCAUCAAUGGUCAACAUGGUGAUCUUUACAACUGCUCAAGCCAAGACACUGUCAUAGUUCCUAUAGACUCCAGCAAGACGAACCUUCUUAGAGUCAUCAACGCUGCACUCAACCAACCUCUUCUCUUCUCUGUAGCCAACCACAAGCUCACCGUUGUUAGAGCUGAUACCUCCUACACCAAACCUUUCACUACCACGGUUCUCAUGUUAGGGCCUGGGCAGACCACUGAUGUUUUAAUCACCGGUGGCCAGUCACCAGCCCGAUACUACUUGGCGGCAAGUGCUUAUUUCAACACGCAAAAUGCAGCAUUCGAAAACACCACCACCACCGUCAUUCUUAAAUACAAGUAUGCCCCUUGCAUCCCCAAUUAA